AGUGGGCGGGGCUUCAGGCAGGAGGUCAUCACAAACAUGGCGUGGAGAGGAUGUGUAAUGAAAUGGGCCAAAACAGAGUUCAUCAGAACCACUAACACUACUUCGCGAGGCUCCGGACUAAAUCCACACUACCAACAGAGGUGCAGUUUCCGUCGGGAGCCCAAAAGGCCAGAAACAAAGAAAGGAAAUGUUUCCCAAGAACCAAACACUCCUCCCUCUGAGGCAGGUGCACCAGGUCCUCCUCCUCCUCCUUCACCUCCUAAAAUCCCCAGACCAUCACUGUUCAAACCUCUGAUGUUCACAGUAGGGUUUUCAGGCUGCUCCUUUGGUGCUGCAGCCAUUCUGCAGUAUGAAACCCUGAAGUCACGAGUUCAGUCUGCAAAAGAUGAAGAGGAGUCAGAAAAAGUAUUACAGGGCUCCCAGGACAUGGCAUACUGGCACGACUGGUGGAACCAGCUGUCCAGCUUCCAGCGACAGCUCAUCCUGCUGAUGUCCAUGGUGGACGACUUCUGGAGCAGCCUCACAGAGGGACAGAGGACAGUCACUGGUAUCAUUGCUGUAAAUGCUGUAGUCUUGUGUUGCUGGCGGAUACGGUCAAUGCAGAGAAGCAUGAUUAAGUACUUUACAUCCAACCCAGCCUCCAAAACACGGUGCCUUCCCAUGGUCCUUUCCUCCUUCAGUCACUACUCCAUUAUCCACAUGGUUGUCAACAUGUAUGUCCUGUGGACAUUCUCCUCAGGGAUCGUGUCUCUUUUAGGAAAGGAGCAGUUUCUUGCAGUCUACAUGUCUGCUGGUGUGAUUUCCACUAUGGUUAGCUACAUGUGUAAAACAGCCACAGGACGUAUAUAUCCAUCACUAGGAGCGUCAGGGGCUGUGAUGGCAGUACUCGCUGCAGUCUGUGCAAAGGUGCCAGAGGCCAAACUGGGCAUUAUCUUCCUCCCCAUGGCCACUUUCACAGCAGGAAAUGCUUUGAAGGCACUCAUUGCAAUGGAUACAGCAGGGCUCGUACUGGGAUGGAGACUGUUUGAUCAUGCAGCACACCUUGGAGGAGCUCUCUUUGGAAUAUGGUAUGUGGCGUACGGUCACAAACUGAUUUGGAGGAAGAGGGAGCCUCUUGUGAAACUGUGGCAUGACAUGCGUUCUCUUGGUGGAUCCAGGCCAGGAGGAGGACCUGGGGUUGGCGGUGCUGGGCCCGGACCACGAUGAUGAGACUCUGCAUGGUCUCUCUGACCCUAUCUGAAAAGACAGGGGUCUGGAGUAACCUCUGAAUAUGCAAGGACAUUUUUUACAAGCUAUUAGGAUUUUAUUGUUUAUAAAUAAAUAUAGUUUUUCAUGGAAAGAAAACGGUGACAUGCAUGAGCUGUUAUGGUGGAGAACAGGGACCUCUAACUUAAAAAUCACAGGUCAGAUGUCACUUCUUGUUCUGGGAUUCAGAUGUUAAAUAUGUAGACCAAUACUGUUAAUAUCUCCUGUCCAAAAAGGACCUCAGAGCUAAGUACUGACAGUAUCAUCAGUCUCCUACCUCUUAACAAUCCUCGCACAUAGCACCUUCAGUGUUUAUGUAUGUUUCCUGUGUAUAUUUUCAAGAGCGACUGUAGAAGUCUGGACAGAUGAAAACACUCUGUGCUGAUGCAAUUCAGCAUUUCGGUUGUUUGCUGCAGUGCAAUGUACACUUCACUGGGCUCUUAUAUGUAAGCAUUAAAACUGGAGUCUCAACGGUGAGAGUUAAGUAUGCACUUACAACUAUGUUUAGGAUUUUACUGCCUCAGUGUUGAAAAUUGGGAACUCUGUCUAAAACAUAUCAGAGGGAUGUUGGUCCUUACGGGCUUGUACAUAUUUACGGGACAAAGGUCUCAUCUUGAAUAGUGGCUGAUAUCGGUCACUGACUUUAAAUAAAUGCUUAAAGGGGAAUAAAGUUUAUCAAACA